AUGCUCCGCCGCGCCGCCGCCGCCCUCGCCGUCCCCACCUCGACUCGCCGCCCAACCUUGGCCUCGCUCCCUCUCCGCCGCAUCGCCUCCAGCGCCACGAACAGGCCUCCGACACUCGCACACCCGGCCACGCAGCCAUCCCGCACCGCCACCACCACCGCCGCCGUCACCCCGCUCUCCCCUUGGCGCACCCACACCCCGGCACCCGACGCUUCCCCCUCGACCCCGCUCGUCUACACCUUCUACCACGACCCGACCGCCACCUGGACCUACCUCGUCGUCGACCCCGACACCCGCCACUGCGCCGUCAUCGACUCGGUCCUCGAUUGCGACCCAGCUUCGCGCACCGUGUCGACCACGACCGCCGACGCCCUCGUCGCCUUCAUCCACCAGCAGCACCUCACCGUCGACCACAUCCUCGAGACACACGCCCACGCCGACCACCUCACCGCCGCCGCCUACCUCCAGUUGCGCCUCUCGACCCCGGCCGACGACAUCGACGCCCCCUCGACCUCGCCCUCGCGCGUCGUCCCCAUCGGCGCCCACAGCGGCAUGCGCUCAACCCAGGCCCACUUUGCCCAACUGUACGACGUGCCCGCCGCCGAACUCGACACGGCGUUCGACGCCCUGUACGACGAGGGCGACCAGGUCCGCGUCGGCGCCCUCACCGGCGUCGUGUGGCACCUGCCCGGCCACACGCAGUGCAGCGCCGGCUACGUCUUUGGCGACAGCGUCUUUACCGGCGACUCGGUCCUCCUUCCCCCGACCGGCACCGCCCGCGCCGACUUUCCCCUCGGCUCGCCCUCGGCCCUCUUCUCGUCGACGCAGCGCCUCCUCGCCCUCGCCCCGAACGUCCGCCUCUUCUCGGGCCACUCGUACCCGCUCGCCGGCGCGUCCAACCUGUGCUCGGCCACGGUCGCCCAGCAGCGCGCCCUCAACCCGCACGUGCACGACGGCGUCGACGAGCAAGGGUUUGUCAAGAUGAGGAGCGAGCGCGACCAGGGCUUGAGCGAGCCGAGGCUGCUCCACCAGUCGCUCCAGGUCAACAUCCGCGCCGGCCGGCUACCGCGAGGCGCCAACGGCCAGCCAUACUUCCGCACGCCGCUCCACGCCCCGACCGUCCUCUAG